AUGUCAAAGGUCGCAUCGCGCUCGGGAGCCUCAUCAGCCCCAGUGCCUGACAAGGACGGUGUCAGCAAGUCCACUGAGAAUUCCUCCGCCCCUUCGAUGGAGAACCUCCGAAACCAGAUCCAGGCUCGGUUACAGGAAAUCGACCAGAAGGGAAAGAAAGGAAAGAAAGAUGUUAAGAAGACAGAUGUGACUCCCAAAAGCGGGAAGCAAUCCAAACACAACACGGAAGGCCCAGGGCGAGGGAAAAAGCGUGAUCGCAACGGCCAGGUACUCGAAGAUGACAAGAAGAAGAACACCUCUCGCAACAGCGUACCCCAACAUGGCGGAAAGAUCAAUGAUGAUGAUGAGGAGGAGGAGGAGAAUGACUUCCGUAAAGAAGUACAGGCACUAGGUGGCACAGCUGACGACAUUCAACUGGUUGCGGAUGCACAGUCGGAUUCUGAGCUGGAAGGAACUUCGGAAGAAAGGACGUCUCGGAAGUCUAAGGCUGACGUCGAGUCUAAGGUAGACAUGGAAGGAUUGGACAAGGGGCUCAAAAAUAUCUUGAAAGAGAUUGCGCUUGCUCAGGGAGAGAUGGACGACGAAGAAGAUGAGGAUGAGGACGAGGUGGACGAAGUCGAUGAGGCCCCCUCGAGUCGUCAACCUCCGAAGGAAGAACAGAAGCAGGAGAAAGAGAAGCCACAGCGCGGCAAAAAUACUCAGUUCGUUUGUGAGCCCAACCCUGACUGGUUCGACUUGCCUGCUCCGGAAGUCGAUACUGAAGCGCCCUUGAAAUAUACACCCUCCAAGGACACGUUGGACCAACUUUAUGAGUAUGCGAAAAAGCUGCUGGAAGAGGAGAACCAGCGGUUCAAAGAUUCACAACAGUCGUCGUCGGCUCACUCGUUCUACAAUACUGUCAUCACGUCAGGGACGCUGUCUGACAAGAUCUCGGCACUUACACUGGCUGUGCAAGAAUCACCCCUCCAUAACAUGCGGGCAUUGGAGACUCUGAUCGGGGUGGCUCGCAAGCGAAGUCGUUCACAGGCAAUCGAUGUCCUCCGAGCACUCAAGGACUUGUUUGCACAAGGUUCUCUCCUGCCAGAGUCCAGAAGACUUUAUGCCUUUCGUGCCCAACCCCUCCUCCCUCAUGUGCUGAGCCAGAUUAAGACAUGGAGGCAAGGGGACAAACUACCCCGCGGCCUGGAACCAAAGCAUCUUGUGGCAUGGGCCUUUGAGGACUGGCUGAAGGAACAGUAUUUCGAAAUCCUCAAAAUCCUUGAGGUGUGGUGCAAUGAUGAGAUCGAGUUCUCCAAAGCCCGGGCCGUCAGCUACGUGUAUGAGCUUCUCAAAGAACGGCCUGAGCAGGAGUCGAACUUGCUCCGGCUGCUCAUCAACAAGCUCGGCGACCCGGUCAAGAAAAUUGCAUCCCAAGCGUCGUAUCUACUGAUGCAGUUGUUGAUCAGCCAUCCGGCAAUGAAGGAGGUCGUGAUCUCCGCGAUUGAGUCAGACUUCAUCUUCCGCCCUGGCCAAAGUCUGCAUGGUAAAUACUACGCGGUGGUUACACUCAAUCAGACUGUUUUGAGUCCGAAGGAGGAGGCAGUCGCGCAGAAACUGUUAGACAUUUAUUUUGCUUUGUUUACACAGUUACUCAAACCCAGCACCGCCGCAACAGAGGAAAAGACGGAAGAAGAACCACGAACUCGGGGCCUUGGAAAAAAGAGCAAGAAUACUCCGAAGUCGGGGCAAGCGCAAACUGAAGAACUGAAAGAGAAGCUGACUUCGGCCAUUCUGACCGGCGUAAACCGGGCUUAUCCCUACGUGGGAGCAGGCGGGACAACGUUCAGCGACCAUAUGGAAACGCUGUUCAAGAUUGCGCAUUCGCCCAACUUCAACACGAGCAUCCAGGCGCUCUUGCUCAUUCAGCGACUUUCAGGCACUCACAGAGCCUCGAAUGACCGAUUCUACCGAGUGCUGUACGAGUCCUUGCUGGAUCCUCGCUUGAUCCAUGCCUCGAAGCAACAACUGUACCUGAACCUGCUGCACCGAGCUCUGAAGGCGGACUUGAACGUGAAACGCGUCAAGGCCUUUGUGAAGAGGUUAAUCCAGGUUCUGUCCCUGCACGAGCCACCAUUCAUCUGCGGAUCCUUCUUCCUGAUUCAGGAUCUCGAGGCAACCUUCCCAUCUCUUGCUGGACUGAUUGACCAGCCAGAAGACCAUGAUGACGAUGUAGAAGUUUUCCGCGAUGUCGAUGAGGAUGCCAACAAUGAUCUACCCGAAAAACCAGAGCAACAUCAAAGCAAUGUCUACGAUGGGCACAAACGAGCACCCGAACACGCCAAUGCCGACAACAGUUGUGCGUGGGAGCUUCUCCCUUUCCUCGCACACUUCCAUCCCUCCGUGUCUGUUAGUGCGGAUCACAUUUUGCGGCAUGCCAAACUCCCAGGGAAACCCGACCUCAGUUUGCAUACGCUCAGUCACUUCUUGGACAGAUUUGUUUACCGCAACCCGAAACUAUCAUCGUCCAGUCUCCGAGGAUCUUCGAUCAUGCAGCCUAUGGCUGCUACCGACAUUCAUGGUGUCCUUAUUGCCAACGGUGUGAGCGGCCAACGGCAGUUGCCGGUGAACAGCGAUGCCUUCAAGUCCAAGAAGAGCGACGAGGUGGCCGCUGAAGACGUCUUUUUCCACCAGUAUUUCGCCAGCCUGGGUAAAGGGGUAACGAAGAAAACCAAGGCUCAGAAGAAACGUGAGAAGAACGAGGAUGACGAGUCGGCGGAAGAGGAUGAGGUAUGGAAGGCCAUGAUGGACAGCGCCCCCGAUCUGGAAGGCGAAGUGGAGAGCGAUGAGGACGUCGAUCUGUCUGACCUCGAAUCAGCCAUGGGCGAAUCCGAGGGCGAAGGCCUCAGUGGAUCUGAAGGCGAGGGCGUGGACAUCGAAGCAGGCAUUUUCGAUGAGGACGAGGACGACCUCAUGGAGCUCGAUGAGGAUGUGGCGGAUGAGGGUGGUGAUUUCGCAGGCUUCGAGUCCGGCGAGGAGGAAGACCAGAGGCCGAGUAAGAGGAAGAAGGGCAAGAAGGGGGCGAAGGAGGACGAGGGCAAGGCGAAGACGAAAAAGACACUCAAGGGCCUGCCGACCUUUGCGUCGGCCGAGGACUAUGCGAAGAUGCUGGAGAACGACGAGGACGAGGACAAAUGA